CCGUAUGUCCAAUUUACGUCCGUGGACAUAAAUUGGACGUAACAAGAAUGUCCUUAUUGAAUAUCGAACCUGUAGUACAUCCGAUAUACCAUCGGAUGUCCUAUGUCCGAAAUUGUGACAAACGUACGUUCUAUGGACGUCUUUUGUAUAGAAAAUGGACAUAUAACGGACGUCCAAUGGACAUCCGUGUGCUGUCUGGGUAUUAUUUCGUACUUCAUAUUUCACAUUUUCAGAUUGUUGUGUUGCAAUGUUGGAUCAUAUUUAUUAUUAAGCAGAAAUAGAAUCGAUAAGUCACACCCAGGUUGCUGUGGUAAAGACGCAGACAGCACCGGACAUCCAAUGGAUGUACGUUUCACGUCCAAUUUAUGUCCGCAUGUGCGAUUUACGUCCGUGGACAUAAGUUGGACGUAACAAGGAUGUCCUUAUUAGACAUCGGAUCUGUAGGACGUCUGAUGUACGUCCAUCGGACGUCCUAUGUCCGAAGUUGUGACAAACGUACGUCCUAUGGACGUCUUUUGUAAAAAAAAAUGGACAUAUAACGGACGUCCAAUGAACAUCCGUGUGCUGUCUGGGGACAAAUAGGCAGAAUGACAUAUCGAACACUGCAAUCUGAAAAUGUGAAAUG